AUGAGAAUCGGUUGCCUGCAAUUUGCGCCCCAGGUGGGAGACGUCGACAACAACCUGAAUCGUGCGGAUGCCGUUUUGUCAAGGGCAAAUCCUGACGAUCUGGAUGUCUUGGUUCUGCCCGAGCUGGCUUUCUCUGGGUAUAACUUCAAGUCGCUGCAAGAUAUCACUCCCUUUCUCGAACCUUCAGGUUCCGGCAUAACAUCUCUUUGGGCAAGGACAAUCGCUCUCAAGUAUAACUGCACCGUCACUGUUGGUUACCCCGAGAAAGUCGAUGUCUCACCGAAGUGGCCAACGGGCCCAGAAUACUACAACUCGACCAUUGUUGUCAAUGGUGAUGGCGAAACAAUAGCCAACUACCGAAAAAACUUUCUGUACCACACCGAUGAGACAUGGGCCUUGGAAGGAGGCCGGGGAUUUUAUGACGGAUUUAUUCCUGGACUGGGUAACACAUCCAUAGGCAUCUGCAUGGACCUCAACCCAUACAAGUAUGAAGCACCGUGGCACGCUUUUGAGUUCGCACAUCAUAUUCUUGAAGUCGAGUCAAAUCUGGUGAUUGUUUCUAUGGCUUGGAUGACUCGAGACGACCCUCGACGGUUUACACGCAUGCCAAACGAACCGGACAUGGAAACACUGACUUACUGGGUUACUCGAUUGGAACCCCUCAUUCGUGCUGAGUCUCAAGAAGAGAUUAUAGUCAUUUUCUGUAAUCGUUGUGGCAACGAAGAAGAAGUUCUCUACGCCGGGACAAGCGCAGUGAUCGGUAUACAUGAUGGGGAGGUCAAGGUUUACGGCCUCUUGGGGCGCGGAGAAAAGGAACUCUUGGUCGUCGACACCAACAACUCGCCAUACGCAAAACUUGUGUAUCGGCCAGAUGCCAGGGGUUCCGGUAUGGAGGCACCUGGUCACCUCGAGCAAUCAGGUGGACCGGAGGAAAACAUGAAAAACGGGCCAGCUCACAAGUCGAACAAGCCCACCGAGGACCAGCAAAGCAAUCCCAACAACAGGUCAUCUAAUGGGAAGGAAACAUCUCAAACCCUUACCGCGUCCCUUCCACCACCCCCGCAAUUUCCAGAUGAUUUUGUUCACGAUCGUCCACGGGCCUCAUCGAAAAAGCGAUACCCGCCAGCAAUUACUAUUCCAAGAGAGCCCGAUCUGGUCAAAAGCAACUCAGCGAGGUCGCCAGGAACAGAUAGUCUCAACAUUCCAACGCCGUCAGCCCCUAGCCCAACUCCUAUGGCAAUCAGGCCUCGACUGAUUAUUCCCGAAUCACCUCCGAUUCUCCCACACCAGUACCCUCCAGAUCACCCCAUCAGCGCUGCAUCGCUAAGAUCAGAGAGAUCAAUUCGUUCUAUGAAGUCCGAACAGUCUGAGGCUUCUACGAGAACCAUUCGCACAAAUCCUCGACCUCCUGAAGAAAGCACUCCCUACCCAGACAGUGGCGCCCCCUUGAGUGGCUACCCAGAAAACUUCUUCUCUUCCGAGAAAUUGAUAUAUGGAGGCGACGUCACGAUCCACAGCGCUGGACCAUUCAGCCCAGACACCCCGUUUGAGGAUAUUUCCCCUGUCUCACCGGAGCAGUUUUAUUGGUCCCGUAAUGAUAAUUUCAUGCGAACUCCCUUAGGGGUCGGGGGGUGGACGCCUGGGACACCUAUUGGGAGGAGGCCUGAACCAUUCCCUUGGCCAGCUAUCACUGGGAAUGCGCACACCCCUAACCGCAGUACUGUCAGAGAUCGAGCAAAGGAGAAUGCGACCCCCAUAGACCCUCGCCAUCUCCAGUCGCAGUCCCCUCAAUCUAACUCAUCAUCAAAUCGGACAACCAGAACCAGUAAAUCAGCACACUCGGCAUCCGUCAACUCUAAAGGAGUAGCACAACCAACGGAAACAGAAGACAGGUCUUUGGCACGACCAUCGUCUCCGAAAUCUCGCAAUGCUAGCCGCUCGAGAAUGCAUGAAAGGUCUGGAUCAUCUCUAGGUGAUAGGGGAACCAAUGCAGCUAUCUCAUUACACCUGGAGGGCAUAUCGUUCCGAGCUGAAUCAGCGAGUAGAACGCGGGCAGGCUCUGCAGCAGGUACUCCUGUUGGUGAGCGCGUUCAGUCUCCUCCCUCCAGAACUGGCAGUCGUCCCAGAAUGACAGACACACCCGACCCUCAACGUGAAAAACACAUGAUUCGCAUCGCUGCCAGUCCCAGCAUCCUCGAGGACGAGCAUAGGAACCACUACCAGUCCUUGUCCUCAGCAGCACAUCACCAGCGUAGCAACUCAUUCGCUAUGAAUAGGGCUCGUGCUGCUGACAACGAUCGGGCUGGUACACCCGAGUCGAAGAUCAACAAGGUUCGCCCUGCUUCACGCGCAGCUAGUCGAGGACGAACACCUGGACCGAAAGUUUCACCCACCAAUGGAACCACCAAUGCUAUAUUUCCAACCACUGAACGAGCAUCAUCAGCAGAUUCCACGCGAAAUGAUAGACUGCACCGUCGAAUUCACAGACAUGCAUCUGGUAGUCGACAGACUGAUAGGACUUCGUCUGCCCAGACCGGGCGGCGUCGAUCUAGUGAUGCUGUCCCUGUUGAGUUUGAACGUGUUGAAGCAAUUCUUUGUCCCAACUGCCCUGUUCAUGGUCGAAGGUCGACUGCUGAUGGAACCGUGAAUGGUGGCAAUCCUUUACCACCGCCUCAUUCGCCUCCAAAGUCGUCUCCUGCACAGAGACCAGCUUCCAGUGCUGGUACCCCACAGUAUCUGGAACCAGAGCCAGCAGCACCUCGACGAGCAUCUUCAGGCGAUGCGAGCCAGCUUCAACUAGAAAAUCCUUUAGACAACAUGGCUCAAAGUGCACCCCCGCAGAACGAAGCAGCCGAAGCCAGUGACUGUGGAUCAUUUGCUGAAACUCUUCAGACUAUUUCUACCCCGGGGCGCUCGCCUGCUACGCCCUCUUUCAAUCCUUCUACGCCCAAAGCGAUGGUUCUCAUGACGAAUGGAUUAGAAGUUGAGCCACUUCUCAGUAACAGUUUGGAUGGCCCCGAGAAAACACCAACGACCCGUUGCGCCGAAACGGACGCUCUGGGAUUGGUGGAUGUUACCGCCAACUCUGUCGCGUAG